UCUCAAGUCAUACACAAAUCCCUCUGUGCACCAGUAGAUACACCUUGGUCAAAUUCGAAUGUUAAGUUGAAGAUACACGCACAUCCCUCAUCAGUGACCGUCUAGUAUUAUGCCCGGGGUAAACGCCCGGAUUUGUCCGCGCAUCCACGUUCCAUCCAAGAUAGCGUCGUCGGCCGUGGCACGACGAGGGUGGCAGCGGCGUGGACCGCGCAUCCCAACGGACGGUCGGGGUUUCAUCCCUCGGAGAGCAACGAGCCGAGCGCAGCCGAGGUCGCGCGGAGAGGAUCGAAGCGGUGACGAAGUCGCACGCGCGCGCGCGCGCGCGCGUGCCUACCGAGGGUGGUGUGGGGCAGCCGAUUGUCAGUCGCACGCCGGUCGUUGAAUGGAGCGGGUGUGGAGACGUGUACAGGGUGCCGGGCGCCGCGGUGCCGCAGCUCGUUGCGGCUGCCCCGUGCAGCCGUGUCAGUUGCACGUGGACCAACGCGCGAAACGCGGCGGCGGAGGCCGUAAGUCCCGCGGGCCUCAGACCAUCGUCUGCGACUGUCAGGUGCAGCCGUGCCCGGUGCACCCGGUGCUGAUCAGGGUCCGCCGUACGCGGCCGGCCACCAGCUGCGACUGUCCGCCAGACGCGCAGCCUUGUCCGCAUGCACAGCAGCGAGGAUCGGCCGCGCGAAGGAUCAGAAGAUGCGAAUGUACGGACCGUUCCUGCCGGCACGCAGCCUGCGGCGCUGGUACCCGUCGACGCGCGGCCCCUCAGUCCUCUUCUCCUGUCUCCUCCACGCAGCUGCAGCUGCAACAAGCGCACCCGUGCGAGUGCUCCGACGAGAGAUUAAGCUGCGCUCACACAGGCGGCGGCGAGGCGCCGUGCGAGUGCGAGUGUGGCGAGGAGGCGAAGCCGUGUCCGCACACGGUCAAAACGCGGCGGACGCGUCGCACGUGCGACUGCAGCUGCAACGGUACGCAGCCCUGCGGCCACAAGCCGCAGCCCGAGGGCCGCAUCAAGCGGGUGAAGUGCCGCGUGAGACGCGCCGGCUGCGCGAUGGCCCGAUGCACCGCCGAGCUCGCGAUGCUGCACCUGCACUGGGAGCUCGCCACCGAAUGUGCUCCCUGCAGGCCGCGUGCGCUCACGCGCCGGCUCUGCAGGAGGCAGCAGAGCGACAACGAGCUCUACCGCAGCAACAGCUUCAAGUUCGAGCGCUUUGAGAGAACCAAGGACGAAUGCGUCACGCCGCUCCGCAAACAGGUAUCACUGUGCGACGAUUACAGUCUGCCCGUAGAUUUUGUGAACAAGAGACGUCCUGCGAGCGCAGCAGCUGCGACUUCCACGGUGCAAUGGAUGCUGCCGAGUCCGACUGUCGAGAAUGCGGAAGUCGAGGUUGUGGAACAAUAUAGCGAUCCCAGGGACAGUAAGAGUAAAGCGUACGUGGAGCCGGGAGCGGAGUCGUCCCUGCCAACGAUUUACAGCAAAGCAAAUCGCAACUACUGUCGACCUUACACAGAUCCGUCAGCGUCCGGCUCAUCCUGCGAGGACGAUGAGGAGGGUCGGCUCAUUAGCGUGAGGAAACGGAAAAACAGUCUCUACGCGUCUUCCUCAACCCGAGCUGCGUCGGUGGAUCGAGACACCUUAGCUUCGACCGACGGCUUAGUUGUAGACUGCGUCGCUCUCGUGCAUCUCACCGAUCAGUCGCCGACUGAGUCCAGUCAACCGGUGCGUCAUCCAUCGCCGUAUUAUUACGGCGAUCUCUUCAAAGUCCCGGAACAAUUGCCCACCAGAUCUCAACCGAGCAAGUAUCGCAAAAGCGUCAGCCUCGAUGUGCCGGGCGAGCGUUCGCGCACACCCGGUAUACCGAAGAGGAACUCGGUAGCGGGUGAUGGGGGCUCCUACUCGUCUCAGCAACGGCAUUAUCAGCAGCAACAACAGCCGCCGCAUCCACCGCCGCCGCCGCCACCGCCGCACUAUCAGAGCCAGGAUCUAGUGAGCCCCACGUCUGGGAGCGAGCAUGCUGCCCCGGCCAGAAGCGAGAUCCUCUCGUCGUGCAUCAUCACCGAGUGGGAUCAUACCCUCAUGCCUCCUCAUAGACUACUGAGUCAUGAUCUGCCUACCGCCGUUUGUACCUGCAUCGCAUCACCUGAGGAGGAAGAGGAUGAGCUAGAUCGACGGCAGCCGCAAGUAGCGCGGCACCAGGUGCGCAAGCUACGACGUACGCGGAGGAUAGACCCGCAGCCGAUACUCGUCGAAGACGAGGACGACGUGGAGGGUGAAGACGAGGGUGAGGAAGAGGAGGAGGAAGACGCGGAGCCCGAGGAGGACGAGGACGGAAUGGCUAGACAACGUCACCUCUACGAGACGGCCUUCGACUGCAAGGUCAAUCGUUCCGACGAUGAUCUUGACGAUCUCGAUCGUGUUACCAACCAUCCGGUGCUGCACUCCCAGAUACGGAGCAGCAGCGCUGCAUUACCGAGUAGAACGAGUUCGUCGACAGACACGUCGAAGCAGCAACAUCAGCAGUCACUUCCUUACGCCGGCCAGUCGCAAUCAAGCAAGGACCACCGACGCAAAGUCGUACUUCUCCGCCCAAAACCAAUUCCGAGCCGCCUACAGCAGCAGCAACAACAGCAACAGCAGCAGCAGCAACAACAACAAACGCAGCAACAAUCAGACAAUAUAUCAACUCUAUCCCAGGACAUCGAAUCCCUCCAGAUCAACUCGAGCGAUGAGAAAACUGGAUCGCCGAGAUUACCCGCUCGCGAUUACACGCCAUCGCCUCCAUCUACCGCACCUUUACCCGCGAAAUUUCACGGUAACCGAGACCACUUGCUACUGAACAUCCGUAGCGCGCCGAAUUUACCGUCGCAGCCGGAUCAUCCUCGGCUGAAGGACAUGAGAUUACCCAUGAAAUCGUUGCGCGCAAAAGACUCGCCGCAGAGCAGCGAAGGCAGCAUUCUUGAGAUCAAGAGUCGGCCGAAGACCUUCGUUCAGGAGAACAUCGACUCCUCUCAAGGGCGUCGAUUCGACAAGGAACUUAUCCUGGAGUUCAAGGGCAGGCCCCGGGAAGAUAGACAACGACCUCGCAGUCUAAUCCGCGAGAGUAGACCGGUAAUGGAGUUUAAGGGUAGGCCUCACGAAGCGGAGAGCGAUAUUGCACGACCGCGAAGAGAUACCGGUCCGUUGGAGUUCAAGCUGCGCACGUCAAGACGCCGUGUUGGCUACUCCAGCACCGAGAGCAUGGCUACAAGCAGCAGCGGCGGUAGUAUGGAAUCUCUGCGGAGCAGCACCAGCGAGGGUAACCGGUCGACUAGUAGCUCCGAGAGUCGGCACAGCACCAGUCUGAGCUCCCACAGUUCGGACAGCGGCGGCACCAACUGCUACCAUCAUCAUCAGCUACCGUCAUUACCCGGCUUCCUGACUCAUCACGCCACCAAGUUGCACAUCCUCUCGCCUAUCUCCGACAAGUCAUCGCAGGAGCCCGCCUCGGAGACCUCUGACAACAAUCGCAAUAACAACUCGCAGAAGGCCUCACCCGAGGAAUGCGUCACAUCGGAAAAUAACAUCACCGCGAGCAAUAACACGAACGCGGCUAACACGAACGUAGUCACCUCGCCCAUGGACACGUCCUUCAAGAAAAGGCGAGCGCCACAAAACAAGAAUCUCAUCAACCUGGCCUUGCAGUCGUCGUCGUCGGGCGACGCGGAAAUUCAAGGAUCGGACAGCGGCAUCUCCAUCGAGUCGCGCGCCGGAAUUAAGUGCAAACCUUUUGGUUUCCACUUGUUGAAGCCACAGCUAGACAAUAUCAAUUUUGUCGACAACGAGCCGGAACUCUCGGAUCUGCCCUUCGAUAUGCCGAAGUUACGUAGGAGACGUUUGCUGAUGCAACAGGACGCCACUACAUCGGGCAGCGCGACCAGUGUGGAUUUGAGAGACCUGCCGUUUGACAUGCCAAAGCUCAGAAAACGACUCAGAUGUACCCAAAGUACCGAAUCCAGUGCGUCUCAGGCAUCGUCUAGUCUUUCUGUACGCGACGUGGAGCCGCCUCCUUUAUUCGGCGGCGGUCUGGCGCGCCCGAAGAUGACUCUGAAUCUCGACGCCAGUGGAAACGCGCCUGGCACGGAGGGAAACGCGAGUAGUCAGUUGGCACCGAAGAAACCCGGCGGCCUGAACCUCGGCUUGCCCUUGGAAAUCGGUACAGUUCGAGGAUCGGCCGAUCUGGUCGAUGUGGAGCUUCCAUUAGAGAGGCAAGGGUGGUAUCACGGCUCUAUCACGCGAAUCGAGGCAGAGGCUGUCCUACGACUUCUACGAGAGGGAAGUUAUCUGGUGAGGAACAGUGAAUCGACCAAACAAGACUAUUCUCUGUCUUUGAAGAGCGCUCGCGGCUUUAUGCAUAUGCGCAUUCAGAAGAACGAGGAGCUGAACGCCUAUAUUCUGGGACAAUUCAGCAAACCGUUCGAGAGCAUACCGGAAAUGGUCCGUCAUUUCAGCGUGAAUCGUCUUCCGAUACGCGGUGCCGAGCACAUGUGUCUCCUACACCCGGUCAUAGCUCAGCUUUUGUAGCGCAUCUAUCGUAGCGCCGUUUAAGGCGCUGUAACUCUUUUGAUAACCCACUUUUACUUUUCCGACGAGUGCCGAAAAUAGCGCGGUUGCAACGAACGAGCUUGACAGCUUCGGCGAGACGGGAUGUGCGCACACACACCCGUAGGGAAUAUUAUUCUCCGAACGAGGGAGUCUUCCGAGAUACGCGAUACGUGCUUUUGACUUGUUCGACUUUCGCGGGAUCCUCCGUAUCAAUUCGCAUUCCGAUCGAGCGUACCGUUCCGCGCGAAAAGCGUAAGAGAUAAUGGACAAUAAUGGCAUUGAGAUUGAGGGGAUACGAAUACAGUACAAAAGUAUAAAAAGGUGAAUGGGAGUGAAGCUGAUACACGAUCGAUCAAAGGCGACAACGUCCGACUCGGUGUGAGAGAUUGGUUGCGAGAGGCCAAGAGAAAACCAAAGUUAUAACGUGCACGCAUGAAGAAUCAUCUCAGGUCGCUCAGAAUUAGAUAGCUUCCACAGUGUCCACGACAUAGUACCGUCAUCAUCAUCCGUCGUUGUUUUUUUCGACAACGCUGUACCUUCACAUGCCUAUGGCCGAGUCCAAGUUUUAGUCGCGCAAUAGGAUUAGAGUUGGCAGGAACGGCGAAAUGUAUAUCCGGACUCUCGGGAGCGUGGAGAUCGAUGGACGCGCUUCGUCUUCCUCGAAACAUCGCGCAAACCUACCUCAUAGGCAGACACAUGCACCGCGGCACGAAGUGUAGAGUGAACAUUGCGAUACUAGGAAUGCCCUUUCUUUUUUGAAGCGGAAGUUUGGAAGAUAUAAAGAAAGAGAGAGAGAGAGAAAGAGAGAAAGAGAUACUGAGGCGGAUACGAACUACCACUUGAUACAGUUUGCUGACAGUAACAUUCACAAAAGAUAAGAUUCGGGACCGACGAUUCUGAAAAGUAUACGCGAGAAUGUUCUCGAGGGCGUUUCCCUGCUUUGUCAACUUGUUAAUUAAAACGGUUGUUCCUCAAAUUCGCGGUCACACGCGCGGAUUUUCUACGAAAGAGAACUCUAGAUGGGAUCAGAAGCGCUGCUUUAUGAAUCGGUAAUUUAAGUAAGAACAGGGGUAAUAUGUACUUAGGUUUAGAAGGGAAUGUCGCGCAACGACAGCCCGACAUGGCGCGAGCUCCGGAAGCCAAAGUAAAACUAAUCCUAAUAUUCAGCCGCGGAAUGUAGAGCGAACGGGCUGUAGACAGCUGGAUGGUGGCGCACGGUGAGCGCGAAGAAAAUGCCAAACUUUACUUCUAAUCGUAAUCGUUUAGUCAGGGUUUAGUUAUCCGUCGUCGUUAAUAAGCGAUUAUUAAAUUUAAAGAAAUAAGAGAGCGUAAGUGAUGUGUACGAGUAAGAAUUUUGGUUUUACAUUAAUUCUACAGGUUUUUCAUCAAACUGGAAGCGCCAGUAUAGAAUCUCCAAGUAUAACACUAUACAGACUAUAUUAUCCCUUGAUACUAAAAUUGGCAGUUGAGUAAGUUACGUAAUUAAAACAUUAUUUAUUAAAAUUAAGAAUAAAGAUAAAAAUACUGAAAGAUAGAAUAUUGAAAUAAUGAAAUAAUACUCGAAUAAAUAAUUCUUGAAGUCUGAAAGGUGAAGAAAACGGCAGUAAGUACAUUUAUAGCAUCAAGGUAUAGUAAUGAUGUAUAUAAUGUUAUAUUUGGAGAUUCCUUAUUGACAUUUCAAGUUGGAGAACAUGAAGGAUUAGUGUGGAAGCAAAACUUCGACUCGGUCGAAUUGUUACGAGUACUGAACGAGACGAGCAGCAGUGAGACAAAGGUUUCUCGUGAUUUCGAUGAGAAAUACAGAGUUAGAAGAUGAGAUAAUGCGUGUUUUCGCGAGGAGUCGCGCAGACCAGUGGAAAGAGACGAUUGAGGUCAAUCAAUGCGAAUAAUCGGUGGCUCGUCAUCCGAGUCAUCCGUCCGACAGUCGUCCCUGACUCGUGGGAAGGGGGGGGGGGGAUUUUUGCGAUAGUAUGCAACCGAUACAUAUUUUUUCAUGUGAUAUUAAUUUGUUACAGAGAUAGCCUAGUUUCACCUGUGAUCUGUUACUUAAUUCCCCCUGUUCGCGCGCGCCGGCGCUCCCUCGCCCGCACGCGCGUAACGAUAAUAACGAUAAUAAAAUAAUUAAUCUCGCUAUAUUAUAUUAUGUAGCCAGCAACGACGCGUCGGUUAGGCGCAAUGACAAGACGUCCGUGGUGUUACAAUAAUUUUUCGAGUUAGGAAUACCGUGCGAUUCGCGCGCGGUGGUUGUGAACGGGAUUUUCGUUGGCGCCGCUGCGCGAGCUGUCGCCAAAGUGGUUUUGCUUAAUAUUAAGUAGACGUAGAGAAGGAGAGUGAAUCUACGGCGGGUAGCGAGUGCCAGCACAUCACUUAGAACAGCCGAUAGACUCGUUCAACUGGCUCGAUUAGCGCAAAUAGUGCAUACGGUGCGUCAUAGUUUCCUAAUUAAAACGCAGACCUCUUUUUCCUGAUCCGAUCACGGGAGUAACUUGAAUUUACGAGCGCGCGAGGCACUCCCUACUCUCGCGUCCAAUUAGGUUGAGCAUAGUUUAUACGUCGUACUUUAAGCUGCCAGUAUUAUUAACUGUAAUCGAUAAUGCAUAUCCAUGUUAACGUUUAAGACAUUAUAUUGUCCCCGUACAUGAGCCCGAUCAUUCAAGGAUUAAUCAUUGAAGAAGCUACGAUCUCUAUAUAUUUAUUUCAUAUAUACAUAUUAUAUUUAUUGUGCAUUGUGUGUCAUUGGGUGAUGAUCUCACCGGUGGUUUCUGUAUACCGUUGAUUUGAUCGCGAGAUCAUAGAGCUGUAACCCUGUACGAUGAUAACAUUAGACUUCGUAUACGUAGACUAAUAUUACUACUUAUCGAAAAGCAGUACGUAAUGUUAUGUGGUAGACUAACUAACUUGUAGAUACUUCCUGUACCUUGAAAUUUGUAUGAAGUAGCACUUAGAUCUGGCGUAUACAUAUACAUAAAUAUAUAUUAUUACGAAAGAAACACUAGCGCAUAGUCGUUUGUAGGUUGUGUAUGAUAUAAGAUCGGGCAGAGCGAAGCGAGGAGAGUCCAAUGAAAUUACUUUGAGAGCGUCGUGCACGCCCUUUACGUGAGCGGAUCUUGGACGGCGAUGUGCAAUAGCGAGACGCGGUCUCGUAAGAUGUGUAAUAUGUGAAGUGCGAUUCAAUAUUUUUGUUUCACGGAAGCGAACCACCAAUGUUCCAAAUCGACUUCACUAGAUAGUCUUGUGUACUCUGAAAAUCUCUCUUAAUAAUAAAAUAUUUAAUAACUCCACAUUUUGAUCGGGUGCUCCAUUUAUUUACUUCACUUGACUAAUUUCAUAAAGUAACGUUUGAAGCAUUUCCUGAAUGAUGUCAGGCUUAUUUAGAAAAAAAAUAUUUUGCAAGACACACACACAUCAGA